AUGGCAGCCACAGUAAGAAGGCAGAGACCAAGGAGGCUACCUUGCUGGGCCUUGUUGGCUAUCCUCUUGGCAGACCUGUUGACACUGAGUGACACAUUGGCUGUGAUGUCUGUGGACCUGGGCAGUGAAUCUAUGAAGGUGGCCAUUGUAAAACCUGGCGUCCCCAUGGAGAUUGUAUUGAACAAGGAAUCUCGGAGGAAAACUCCUGUGACUGUGAGCCUGAAAGAAAAUGAAAGGUUCUUAGGAGACAGUGCAGCGAGCAUGGCUAUCAAGAACCCAAAGGCUACACUCCGUUAUUUCCAGAACCUCCUAGGGAAGCAGGCAGAUAACCCUCACGUGGCCCUUUAUCAGGACCGUUUCCCGGAACAUGAGCUAAGCAUUGACCCACAGAGGCAGACUGUGCGCUUUCAGAUCAGCCCACAGCUGCAGUUCUCUCCUGAGGAAGUACUGGGCAUGGUUCUCAACUACUCCCGUUCCCUGGCUGAAGAUUUUGCAGAGCAACCCAUCAAGGAUGCAGUGAUCACUGUGCCAGCCUUCUUCAACCAGGCUGAGCGCCGAGCUGUGCUGCAGGCUGCCCGCAUGGCUGGCCUGAAAGUGCUGCAGCUCAUCAAUGAUAACACUGCCACUGCCCUCAGCUAUGGUGUCUUCCGCCGGAAAGAUAUCAACGCCACUGCACAGAAUGUCAUGUUCUAUGACAUGGGCUCAGGCAGUACUGUGUGUACCAUCGUGACCUACCAAACAGUGAAGACCAAGGAGGCUGGGGUCCAGCCACAGCUGCAGAUCCGGGGUGUCGGAUUUGACCGCAGCCUGGGUGGCCUGGAGAUGGAGCUUCGACUUCGGGAACACUUGGCUGGGCUCUUCAAUGAACAGCGCAAGGGCCAGAAAGCCAAAGAUGUCCGGGAAAACCCACGUGCCAUGGCCAAGCUGCUACGGGAGGCCAAUCGGCUCAAAACUGUCCUGAGUGCCAAUGCUGACCACAUGGCCCAGAUUGAGGGCUUGAUGGAUGAUGUAGACUUCAAGGCAAAAGUGACUCGAGUGGAGUUUGAGGAGUUGUGUGCAGACUUAUUUGAGCGGGUACCUGGUCCUGUCCAGCACGCCCUCCAGAGUGCUGAGAUGAGCUUGGAUGAGAUCGAGCAGGUGAUCCUGGUGGGUGGGGCCACUCGAGUUCCCAAAGUUCAAGAGGUGCUGCUGAAGGCUGUGGGCAAGGAGGAGCUAGGGAAGAACAUCAAUGCAGAUGAAGCAGCUGCCAUGGGGGCUGUGUACCAGGCAGCAGCACUCAGCAAAGCCUUCAAGGUGAAGCCAUUUGUUGUUCGUGAUGCUGUCAUCUACCCCAUCCUGGUGGAGUUCACAAGGGAGGUGGAGGAGGAGCCUGGAGUUCGCAGCCUGAAGCACAAUAAACGUGUGCUCUUCUCCCGCAUGGGACCCUAUCCUCAACGCAAAGUCAUUACCUUUAACCGCUACAGCCAUGAUUUCAACUUUCACAUCAACUACGGUGACCUGGGCUUCCUGGGGCCUGAGGAUCUUCGGGUAUUUGGAUCCCAGAAUCUGACCAUGGUGAAGCUUAAAGGUGUGGGUGAGAGCUUCAAGAAAUAUCCCGACUAUGAAUCCAAGGGCAUCAAGGCACACUUCAACCUAGAUGAGAGUGGUGUGCUCAGUUUAGACAGGGUGGAGUCUGUGUUUGAGACCCUGGUGGAGGACAGUCCAGAAGAGGAAUCUACUCUCACCAAACUUGGCAACACCAUAUCUAGCCUAUUUGGAGGCAGUACGUCAUCAGACGCCAAAGAGAAUGGUACUGAUGCUGUCCAGGAGGAAGAGGAGAGCCCUGCCGAGGUGAGCAAGGACGAGCCUGGAGAGCAGGGGGAGCUUAAGGAGGAAGCUGAGGCCCCAGUGGAAGACACCUCUCAGCCUCCACCCCCUGAGCCUAAGGGUGACGCAGCCCCUGAGGGAGAAAAGUCUACUGAAAAAGAAAGUGGAGACAAGUCCGAGGCCCAGAAGCCCAAUGAGAAGGGGCAGGCAGGGCCUGAGGGCAUUCCACCAGCUCCUGAGGAAGAGAAAAAGCAGAAACCUGCCCGGAAACAGAAAAUGAUAGAGGAGAUAGGCGUGGAUCUGGCUGUUCUGGACCUACCUGACUUGCCGGAGGAUGAGCUGGCUCGUUCUGUGCAAAAGCUUGAGGAUUUGACUCUCCGAGACCUAGAAAAACAGGAACGGGAGAAAGCUGCCAAUAGCUUGGAAGCUUUUAUCUUUGAGACCCAGGACAAGUUAUACCAGCCUGAGUACCAGGAAGUGUCCACCGAGGGACAGCGGGAGGAGAUCUCUGGGAAACUCAGUGCUACAUCUGCCUGGCUGGAAGAUGAGGGAUUUGGGGCCACCACUGUGAUGUUGAAGGAGAAGCUUGCUGAACUGAGAAAGCUGUGCCAAGGGCUGUUUUUUCGAGUGGAAGAGCGUAAGAAAUGGCCUGAACGGCUUUCUGCUCUGGACAGUCUCCUCAACCAUUCCAGUAUUUUCCUCAAGGGUGCCCGGCUCAUCCCAGAGAUGGACCAGAUCUUCACUGAUGUGGAGAUGACAACAUUAGAGAAAGUCAUCAAUGAGACCUGGGCCUGGAAGAAUGCAACUAUGGCUGAGCAGGCCAGGCUUCCCGCCACAGAGAAGCCUGUGCUGCUUUCAAAAGACAUUGAGGCCAAGAUGAUGGCCCUGGACCGUGAGGUGCAGUAUCUGCUCAAUAAAGCCAAGUUCGCCAAACCUCGGCCACGGCCCAAGGACAAAAAUGACACCCGAACAGAACCUCCUGCCAAUGCCAGUGCCAGUGACCAGGGGGAGAAGGUCAUCCCACCCACAGGCCAGACUGAAGAGGCAAAGCUCACUUCAGAACCUGACAAAAAAGAAACUGGCUCGGAACCAGCAGACUCUGAGCCUUUGGAGUUAGGAGGUCCUGGAGCAGAAUCUGAACAGAAGGAGCAACCAGCAGGACAGAAGCAGCCUUUGAGGAAUGAUGAACUAUAACCCCACCUCCAGUCUCCCCACUUGCCUCCAGCCCCUUUUCCUACCGCCUCUAUUUAUUGCGUAUCAGGGUCGGGGCAGGGAUUGGUCCUGCCCUUGGCUGCUCAAGUUCCUUCUCUAACCUGGGACAGAAAGGUGGCUGCCACUCAACAGUUCUUUCUGGAGUAGCACCAUGAGUAAAACCUGAUUUUGUUCUGUCCCCAGCCCCACCCUCUGGUCUCUAACCCAUCUGGCCCU